GCUCCAGCGGGCGGAGGGGCGUGGCCGACAAAUGGGUCACAUGGGCGAGCCCACUAUUGAGAACAUUUAGUUCUUUUGACUAACUCACAGUCGCAUAGGAGGGGCGAGAUCCUACAGUUCGUUUGUUUCGUUGUUCGCUUUCAGAAGUCAAAAGCUGGAUGAUUCGCACUCUAAUGAAAUUUAGACCUGCAGAUUUCCCCCCCCAGAUAGAUUACAUAUGAGCGUUAUCUUUUGGCUUGUUGUAGUUGCACACAGUGGCCAAGUUCAGGCGCGCCUCGUUUCGUGAGAAGUCGUGACAGACAGCUCGGUUAAGUAUCUGUUGGAGCUUUUUUCCUCGAUCGGAGAUGCCGGAGGACGCUGGCACAGCCAAGUCAGGAGGCGUCAUUGCCUAUAUUUCCUCUAGCUCUGCUUCUGGGCCAGAGUCCUGUACAUAUAGCAGCGGCUACCUGUCGACAUCACCGACUUUGUCCCGGCCAUCACUGCCCAGCCGGGCUGUGGGCAUGGUAGUGGAUAUUGCUCCUCCGCUCAAGAACGGGCACGCACGUGGUCACAGCAUGGAGAAGGCCGGACGCUCCUCCACGUCCACCAAAAGCAGCAUCACCAAAAUCAAUGGCAUGGUUCUGUUGUGCAAGGUGUGCGGUGAUGUGGCCUCGGGCUUCCACUAUGGUGUGCAUGCUUGUGAGGGCUGCAAGGGCUUCUUCAGGAGAAGCAUCCAGCAAAAUAUCCAGUAUAAGAAGUGUCUUAAGAUGGAGAACUGCACCAUCAUGCGGAUUAACAGGAACCGCUGCCAGCAGUGUCGGUUCAAGAAGUGUCUGGCUGUGGGCAUGUCCAGAGAUGCUGUCCGAUUUGGUCGCAUCCCAAAGCGGGAAAAGCAAAGGAUGCUGCUGGAAAUGCAGAACGCCAUGAACAACAUGAUGAACAACAGCAGCCAGCUGCACAGCAUGCUGCACAGCCACCAGGGCUCUACGCUGUCCAUGGAGGCCAUGACUAGUGAUGCCAGCUCUUCAGCCUCCUCGGCUUCUGAUUCCCCGUCGUGCUCCAACCCCUCCUCCCCGCAGUGCCCCCAGGACACAGAGUCUUUGGUUUCCAUGGACACCAUCUCAAGCUCUGCCUCCUCCUGUGCAUCAGACAGCGGCGAAGAUGAGGCUGUUGUCACAUUGAGCUGGCAGCAUCAGGAUGCCUUCGCAUUCAGCCAGCAGAGGUCUCCGAGACGAGGUCAAGUCUCACCCUCACCUGUCGGUGCCGUUCUGGAGACAGGGAGUGACAGCCGCAUAGAGGAGCAGCAGGAGAGCUGGAACUGCUGGAAUAACAAUGUGGCUCAAGGAGGUUACCAGCGCAGUCCCUACAGUCACAGCCAACACAUCACCAAUGCCGUUUGCAGGGAGGAGAGGGAAGUUUACCAGCAGCAGCCUGAGCAACAGCAACUCAACAGCGCCCCUAGCUGUGAACUAUCAGAAGGCAGCCAAAGACAGCAUGAAUUCAACACACAAACUGCCUCAAGUGAUUACAACGUACCAGUCAGCUGUGCGAAUAAUAGAGCACACUUGGUCUGUCCAAUGAACACAUCGCCCUAUGUGGACCCCCACAAGCCAAGCCAGGAGAUCUGGGAGGAGUUCUCCAUGAGCUUCACCCCUGCAGUGCGAGAGGUGGUUGAGUUUGCUAAGAGGAUCCCGGGCUUCCGUGACCUCCCCGAGCACGACCAAGUCAGCCUGCUGAAAGCUGGAACUUUCGAGGUGCUGAUGGUCCGAUUUGCCUCCCUGUUCAAUGUGGCCGAGCGGACGGUGACCUUCCUGAGUGGCAAGUGCUACAGCCUCGACACGCUACGGUCGCUGGGCGCCGGAGAGCUCCUCAACUCCAUGUGCGAGUUCAGUGAAAAGCUGGCAGCGCUGCAACUCAACGCGGAUGAAAUGAGUCUCUUCACCGCCGUGGUGCUCGUCUCAGCUGAUCGCUCAGGAAUCCAGGACUUAAACUCAGUGGAGGCCCUGCAGGACAAACUGAUCCGAGCACUGCGAAACGUGGUGAUGCAGAACCAUGGUGAUGAGGCGGCCACCACCUUCACCAAACUGCUGCUCAAACUUCCCGAGCUGCGUUCACUCAACAACAUGCAUUCAGAGGAACUGCUUUCCUUCAAAGUGCACCCUUAAAAGCUUCCUAAGGGGGUCGGUCUGUACCCUCCACCUCCACAAACCUCCAUCAGGACCUGCCUCUUACCGCCCCCUCACCCUCUGUAUUCGACCAACUCAGUGGUGUCUAUUUCUAGAAUGGAUUACAAUUUAUUUUUCAUUCUAUUUUUGUUAAGACCAUGUGGGAUUUAAUGACAGAAGAAUAUAAAAUGUACUGUAUUUAUAGCAGAGACAGCUCAUGCUUGUUGCACACGCAAGUGCAAGUGUCAGAGGUUUUUAGUUUUGUAGAAUUGGAGGCACUUUUUUUUAAAAGAGAGUACUUAACAGGCUUUAUGAAUAAAAACCAAUUAGUAUGGUUUUUAUUAUUAUUUGAGCAUUUAUGUUUCCUCCAAAUGCCAUUUAAAUUCCAAAGUGUAUUCUCUCAUGAGACAAUGUGAGAGACAACAUGUACCUUACAUACUGCAUGUCUGUCUGGUCCAGUAUUUUGACUGAUGCAUGUUGGCAAGAAAGGCAAGCUAUCGUAAAACGUAUCAAAGAAUACGCUGCUAAUGCAUGGCUGUACUUACUGCGAUCAAUUUGGAUAUUAUCCCCGUUCCUCUGAAAGCAUCAGUUUGUUGUUUUAGUGUAUAUUUUAUGAUUUCUUUUAUUUCUAUUUAAUUUUUUUUCUAUAUGUUCAAGUCUAUUUCAACAGCCUG